AUGUCCUCAACAUUCACAAUCCACUACUUCGCCACAGCAUCCCAAUACACAUCCAAAAACACAGAAUCACUCCCAGCGCCACUGAAACUCUCCACUCUCUUCGACGAACUGGAAACCCGAUACCCUGGAAUCACUGCCAAGGUCCUGUCAAGUUGUGGCGUCAGUCUUGAUGGCGAAUACGUCGAUAUCGAGGAGGAUAAGGAGCUCCUGAUCAUGGCUGGGAGUGAGGUGGCUGUUAUUCCGCCUGUGAGUUCUGGCUGA